AUGCAGGUGCCAGCCGAGCCCCUAGUCACGUUUUCUCCAGAGACCGGCACAUUCACGACAUUCCCAUCUCCUCUCCGAGAUAACGUCAGACCUCUGCGGUUGGAUUUUUUCGACGCACCUGAUCUCGCCGAGCCUCAGCCAGAUGUCCACAAAGUUCAUGCUGAUGCCUCUGCAUCACCCGACCAACAGGUCGACUCGUUUUACCCCCUCUGGGGAGCCGACUCGGGCCAGAAUGCCUCGUCCCAUCCAAUCAGAUGGUGUCGCCGCACACUCGCGUGCACCGCCGUCUGUGGAGGCAAGGCCGUCGAGACGUGUCGAGAGAGAUCCCCAUGGAUACCGCCAGCCCAUCAACCCCCAAAGAGAGCUCCUUCUCGACAAGAGCCACAGUCACAGCGCACUCACACCCUGGCGUUCCCAACACACCCAUCGACCGCGAACAAGCACUCGCACAGAUCAGGGCACGACGAGGCCGUACCCAUAGCAAGCAGCGAUCAGUCAGUGCCAGCGAGCCUGGCCGUGCAGCUCGUGCCUCAGCGGGAUCCAACCCGACCCCUGCUCGGGGACCUCGACGCCUUCCAAACCCCAAUCUUCGGGCUGAUUCGAGGACCGAGAAUGAACUUGGUGAACGCCGAGAUAUGA